CGAUCAUCUACAGUAGACUGUUUUAGACCUGGACUGAUAAAGCUCGUGUAACGUUCCACCCCUUGACGCCAAAAAGUGUACACGCGAUGGCGACGACGGCCACCGUCGAGUACUCCUCCCACGCGCCCGAGCGCAUCCCAAGUACACGGUACCCGCGGCUUGCCCCACACAACCUCCUGCCUGAUGGCCAUCCAGACUAUCUCAAGCUCAUCCUGACCUCGAAGGUGUACGAGAUUUUAAAGGAGACGCCGCUUGUGUACUGCCCGAGCCUGAGUGCUCGGCUAGGGAACCAGAUAUGGCUCAAGCGCGAGGACCUCCAGGAAGUGUUCAGCUUCAAGAUCCGCGGCGCGUACAACUUCAUGGCGAGCCUGCCGGAGGAGGACAGAUGGAAGGGCGUCGUGACGUGCAGCGCGGGUAACCACGCACAGGGCGUCGCGCUCUCCGGUUCGCGACUGGGCAUCCCGUGCACGAUCGUAAUGCCGAAGGCGACACCGUCCAUCAAGGUGCGCAACGUCUCCCGCCUUGGCGCGAAGGUCGUCCUCUUCGGGCAGGACUUCGACGAGGCCAAGACAGAGUGCGCGCGCCUCGCUCAGACGCACGGGCUCAUCUUCGUUCCCCCGUACGACGACCCGCUCGUCAUCGCGGGCCAGGGCACGGUCGGGAUGGAGAUUCUGAAGCAGAUCCCGAACCCUGAGACCCUGGACGGCAUCGUCGCGGGCAUUGGCGGGGGCGGCCUCGUCGCAGGCAUCGCGGAGUACGUUAAGCGCAUAGGCUCGCCGCGCACGAAGGUCAUUGGGGGCGAAACGAUCGACGCAGACGCGAUGGCACGAAGUUUGGAGAAACGCGAGCGCGUCACCUUGGACGAGGUUGGGCUCUUCAGCGAUGGCACCGCGGUGAAGAUCGUCGGAGAAGAGCCGUUCAGGAUCUGCCAGGCUCUCCUUGAUGAUGUCGUCAAGGUCGACACGGACGAGUUGUGCGCAGCUAUCAAGGACGUGUUCGAGGAGACGCGCUCUAUCACGGAACCCGCUGGGGCCCUAGCACUGGCUGCGCUCAAGCGGUACAUUGUCGACAACCAGCUCAUCGGGGCGCAAAAGAAGUUCGUCGCCGUGAUCAGCGGCGCAAAUAUGAACUUUGACCGCCUGCGCUUUGUCGCGGAGCGUGCGGAACUCGGAGAAGGGCGAGAAGCGUUGCUUAGUGUCGAGAUACCUGAGAAGCCCGGAAGCUUCGUCGCACUCCAUGACAUGAUUCACCCGCGUGCGACGACGGAGUUCGUCUACCGCUACCACGAUCCGGAACGCGCCCAGAUCUUCUUGUCCUUCCAGCUCGAAACAACCUCGCGUGCGAAGGAAGUAUCCGAGCUCGUCUUAGGGCUUGACAAACUAGGCAUGAAGGCAGUGGACAUCAGUGACGACGAGAUGGCGAAGAGCCACGCGAGGUAUAUGAUCGGAGGGUGCAAACAGGUACCAAACGAGCGACUGUUCAGAUUCGAAUUCCCCGAGCGCCCCGAUGCGCUGAGGAGGUUCCUGAAAGGGUUGCACAGCGGAUGGAACAUCUCUCUGUUCCAUUACAGGAAUCAUGGCGCGGAUAUUGGAAAGGUGCUGGCAGGAAUCCAGGUGCCGCCUGCAGACACAGACGAGUUCAGUGAUUACCUCAAGAAACUCGGGUACCCUUACGUGGAAGAGACUGACAACGAGGUGUACAAACGGUUCCUUAGAGGAUAAAUGAAGCGUGCUAAUCCCUGUAAGAUUGUUCCUCAUCGUCUCUCCAUCUCUGUUGUGAUUUUGGGUAGGGCUCGCCUUACUCAACACCGAUUCAAAUGUUGGAAGCAUCGCGGAUGCGCAGAGCUAGACUGACGGACGAAAACAAGUCAUCGGAACAAUGCCAACCAAGACACUCCGUUGAAGUUUCGGGAGUGCGAUCGGUGGCGAAUGAUAUGCGAACCGGCUUUAACGCUACAGCGCGAGCACUUCACGACUCUCACUGUCUUCUAACGGUUCAUGGGUCCCUCGGACACUUGCACAUCUCGGUCGUCCCGUCCAUUC